GAGAUAUCAAUGGGUAACCUCAAUUUUUAGUUACUGCAUAACUUUGGAGGUAAUGGAUCCAGUAGACAAUUCGAUUUAUGAGUUCGAAGCGAAAGUUAGGCAUGCGGUUGAGAAUAAAGGUUGCUUGAGUGCAAUUACAACUGGAUGCAGAUUAAAGCCUAAAACUCCAGAGGAGGAAGACAAAUAUUUUUUAUGGAACAAAGAUCUCGUGGAUGAUUUCUUCAAAGGUGAUAUGCCCGAGUGGAUCCGGGAAGAUGCACUGACGGGAAGCGAUAAGCUGCAAUACUAUGAGAUGAAAGAAUCAGAGUUAGAAGAAGAGAAGGAAUGGCUUCAUCUAUACGCGGAACUCGCUUUGUUCUCCAAAUGGAAAUCUAAACUGAAACUUGGUUUUUGGUGCUUGUUAAUGCAGGAUGCGCUGGAGCAUGCAAAGCCUUUUAAGAUGAAGAAGAUUGUUGUAAGAACCAAAGAAAAUGCGGAGUCGAAGAAGAAGGUGAAGGCCGAGAAUGCAAUCUUCUACAUUAGCUUCAAAACCCGUUGUGGUCGAGAGUGCAAUUUUAUCAUAAGGAAAACAACUGAUGGAAAGCCAGACCAUUUUUCUCUUGAAGUCAAGUGUUUCAUGUGAGAGUAGUCCUCAAAAUUAUAUCAUAAAUAACAUUUUAUAUAUCAUUCCCAAAAUUAUCAUGUAAAUGAGAAGUAAUGUUAAAAAAAACCAUUUGGUUACAUAAUUUUAUCAGUUUUUUUUUUUU